CAUCUGCUCCUCCGCCGGCGGCAACGGCACCCUGGCCGCCUGCGGCCCUGACGUGGCCACCCCUUACAUAUUGCUGGCCACACAGCGGGGUAUGGCCAAGGCGGCGACGCGUGCCAAGGCCCUGGAAAAGGCUGGGGAGGUCGUGCCUAUUGGAGAGAGGAACCUGAGCGUUUCUGCGGCGCCGUACGUCGCGAAAUGCAGCUCGGUUGUGCCGGCCGCGUGA